UGGAGGUAGAAGUGACUAUUUUUCAAAACAAGCGAUGUGUGUUGCAAUUUUUUCAAUCAAAAACAGCAAUAAACUCAGCUAUCACAAUUCAUUUUCAACUUUGACUUUCACAGUUACGUUUUCCUUGUCGUAAAGUACUAUACAAAGUUGGCCAUGUCGAAUAUAUUUACUCCAACGAAUCAGAAACGGCUGACGAAUGUAGCUGUAGUCCGGAUGAAAAAAGCUGGGAAGAGAUUUGAGAUUGCCUGCUAUCCAAAUAAAGUGAUGCCAUGGCGCAAUAAAGUUGAGAAAGACAUUGAUGAAGUUCUUCAAACACCAGCUGUUUUCAUGAAUGUGUCCAAGGGCCAAGGUGCAAAAUCAGAUGAUUUGAAACGAGCAUUUGGUACAGAUAACCAGAAAGAAAUAUGUCUUCAGAUUUUGGCAAAGGGAGAGUUACAAGUCACAGAAAAGGAACGUCAACAGCAGCUGGAAUCCAUGUUUCGAGAUAUUGCCACCAUAGUUGCUAACAUGUGUGUGAAUCCAGAAAAUAAACGACCUUAUACUGUAACUCUAAUUGAGCGUGCCAUGAAAGACAUCCACUAUUCAGUCAAACCCACCAAGAGCACAAAACAACAGGCCUUGGAAGUAAUCAAGAAAUUGAAAGAAACAGAAACCUUUGAAAUCCAACGAGCCCAGAUGAGAGUACGAGUGUCAAUACCAGUCCGAGAUAUAAAGAAACUCAAAUCAAAACUGAAAGAUAUUGCCAGCAAAGUGGAGGAAGAACGUAUGGAUGAAGGCUUGGAAAUGGUGCUCCUGAUUGACCCUGGAUGUUUCCGUGAAAUCAAUGACCUCAUCCAGGCAGAGACUAAAGGAAAAGGACAGAUUGAGAUGCUAAACUUAAAAGAGAUGGAGGAAGGAGACGAAAAACUGUAAACAAAUGAGGGAACCUUUUGGAGAAGUGGUUUAAACAGGAGAGCAGAUGCAUUUAUAACUCAAAACUCGUUAAUGACUCUUAAUCAAUAAAUAUGGAUGCAAAAGUUAAGAAACGUUUUACUUGCCUAUUUAUUUCAACUCUUAGAACGUAUUUGAAACAGUUCUUUUUCCUAUUAAUUUGUUAGAGAUUGCAUGACAGCUUACAUUUAUCAAACUCAGUUACAGGGGAUGUGCCUGUUAUGCAACAUCCAACUUGAAAAGAGGAAGUUUUAUUUAAAAGAUUACUAAAUCAAUAUCUGAAACACUUUCUGAUGAAUAUUUGCAAUCAGAUUGCUUUGGACUCAAAUGUGCUUCAGCUUGUUCUUGCUAGAGAAAGUGCCAAAUCUGUAGACAAAAUGGCAAUAGGUCUAUUCAGGUGUUUGCCAUGUAGUGGACUGACUACGGGGCUCUGUGUGUUCUAAAGAAAGUGUAGCACUGUUCCACUUCUGAUCUAGUUCCAGCUCCAGUUCAGUUCUUCUUCCAGUUCUGAUAUUAUUAUGAUGACUUAAAUUAUUCAGCAUUUGCUGGGUAAACAUGCAUUCAUCGCUCGACUGUAUUAUCAUUGCAUGAUGGAAUGCUUGAAAUACUAGUACACAUGUAAUAAUUCUAGAUUCGGUGCUGCUGUUUAUAUUUCCUGGCUCUUAAUAAAGACUAUUGGUUAACUACAAAAA